GGGCACUGCAGCAAGCCUCGAGAAGAGCGCAGCGACGAGGCCGCCGCGGGAGGGAGAGGGGCUCGGCAGGGGACUCUGCCAUUGGCUGUCCCGCACGCGGCGCGCUGGGCGGAAGCCUGCCGGCCUGUCCCGCUAGCCCGGAGACCGCGCGCCCGAAAUGGAGCGCAACUGGAGCGCAGGGCUGGGCAACGAGUCCGCGGCAGGGGCUACGGGCAGCGGGGAGGCUGCGGCCGCCUGGGCUUUCGGCGUGGUGCUGUUGGUCAUGUAUGUGGUGGGCGUGGUGGGCAAUGUCUACACUCUGGGGCUGCUGUGGCGCUCGGGCCGAUGCGCUCGCGGCGCGCCCUUGUCCGGCUCCAUCGCCAGCUUGGCGCUGGCCGACCUGCUCUACCUGUGCUCCAUCCCGUUCAUCGUGGGCACGUCGGUGGCGCAGGACUGGUACUUCGGCGAGCUGGGCUGCCGCGUCCUGCUCAGCCUCGACCUGCUCACCAUGCACGCCAGCAUCUUCACGCUGACCGUCAUGUGCACCGAGCGCUACCUGGCCGUCACCCGGCCUCUGGCCACCCGGUACCGGGCGCGGCGCUUCCGCAAAGCCACGGCGGGCGCCGUCUGGGGGGUCUCGCUGCUCCUCACCCUGCCCAUGAUGCUGAUGGUCACCCUGAGCCGAGGCGGCGACGGCAAGCGCAUCUGUGCGACCACCUGGAGCCGCGACGCCUAUCGGCUCUACCUGACGGUGCUGUUCGGCACUAGCAUCCUGGCCCCUGGGUUGAUCAUCGGCUGCCUCUACGCCCGCCUGGCCACCACUUACCUGGAGUCGCAGAGGAACCCUCCGCGCAAGAAGGAGCCCAAGCGGUCCCCCCGCCAGAAAGUCCUCAUCUUGGUCUUCACCAUCGUGCUGGUGUUCUGGGCUUGCUUCCUGCCCUUCUGGAUCUGGCAGCUGGUGCCCCUUUACCAUGGCCCCCUGGGGCUCCCUGUCUAUACCCAGAAGUGCAUCAACUACCUGGUCACCUGCCUGACCUACAGCAACAGCUGCAUCAACCCCUUCCUCUACACCUUGCUCACCAGGAACUACCGCGAGUACCUGCGCAACAGACACAGCAACUUCUACCGUUUCACCUCUUCUUUCCGCAAGAGAGGUUCCAACCUGCAUUGCUCCUGGAGGAGAUCCACCUCCUCUGGCACGCAAUAUGAGACCGGAUCCGAGGGUCUGAGCAUGGACACGCUGAGGGACUGCAAGUGAACUCCUUUCUUUGUUCGUUAAGAGCAGCUGCCAAACGCCUCAGAGAUCCAGGUGGGCCCAGGCAAGGACUUCUCUUGUCAAAUCCAUCAGGCCACCUGUCCCAUUAUGUUAAAACUGGAUCCCCAAUACCAUGGUCAGGAUUACAGGUGAAGGAAAUUGUGAUGGCAUAGCGGGUGCCCCAAUGGACCUUUUCCACACGAUGGAGGUUUUCAGAGCCAGAAGUGAAGAAGGAAACCCGGCCUGUAAAACAAGAAUGUACAAUCAGUAGGUGGACAGGAUACACACCAUUUGUCUGAGUGCUGGCUUUUGAGGUUCUAUAACAGAAUCCCAUCAGCUUCUGUUCUUGAACUUCAUGGAUCUAUCCUGGGACAUUUACACACCUAAGAUUCAAAUGCUAUCAGAAAGAUUGGUACUCAGGACUUGAAGACCAAAAUGAUACUACUGCAAACUCAUGGGUAGCAAUAUGAGAGCUUGAUAAAUAUGGUUAAUCUUUUUUUUUUUUUUAAGUACCCACACUUUGUACUGGAGGACAAAACAAUGGAUUUUAGCAAAUGUGUAGAGAAGCCCCCAGAAAGCACAGUUCUAGUAAACAGUGCUGCUGUAGAGAUAAUAGUACCAUUCCUGAUGAAGAGCUCUGUGCCUUUUGGGGAACAAAACCCUCCAAACCACAAAGAAAAACUUUGGUUUCAUCUCCCAUCAGCUUCUGUUCUUGAACUUCAUGGAUCAAACCUGCUUGACAACUGCUUCAAUAAGCAGGGAGUACUAUUCCCCACUCCAGGAAGCAGUACUCACAAACACUGUCAAUAGUGUUCACAAAGAUGCAGAAAGAACCUGUAGUAAGGCAACACACACAUAUGGUAGGGUAUUCAUUCCUUCACUAUCAGAAUAAACCCAUAACUGUGUACUAUGGGGUGCCUAAAGCUUAUUUGUUGCAUAAAAUGCAGAGCAUAUAAAGAAGCUGCCCUAGCACAUUGCAUAAUUCACAAUAAUGGUCUGUCAGACAAACAGCCCUAAUACCCUGGGCUGUUCCUCCUCCCUCCUGCCCCUGGGAAUCUUGUGAGAGCACAACAUCCUAAAGGAGAGAGCAGAAAGAAGAAGCCUGCACGCAGACUGUUGUACCAACCCAAAUCAGCCACUAUACUGAUGCACAUGAAUGCCAGAAAAGUUAUUCAUGAGUAUAGAAGGUCCACCUCCUGUUAUGAAACCCAGAAGAGCUUGCUUUGCACAUGACUUAUUGGACUAGCUUUGCCGAGUACACAAGCACUUUUAAAAGACUGAAAUAUAAACAAGGGCACUGUCCUGAAGUCUUUAGGUUUAUACACCAAGUUCUGCCUUGACUUAAAACUGUUCUACAAGAUGACAAGGGAAUGCAGCACAUGUGCACUUUUCUAGGCAGAAUCUUCUCAGGUGUCACGUUCUCCUGAACAAAAUGCACUAUAUGAUGAUAAUAUAUCCAGUGAAAAUCACGAGUGUAGUGAAUGUACAUCUGUAUUCAAGAUGUUGUUAUUUCAUGUGCUAUUUGAAACACCCAGCAAACAUGAAAUAAAGAGCCACCAUAUUUGAACUUGG